AUGGAGGUUGCCGUGGAAGCUCAACGAGCCUCUCUCAGUCAACCGGCCCCUCCCUAUACCUCUUCCUCUCAGACUCAUGCUUCAGCCGAGCCAGAGCCGCAGGCUGAGUCCCCAGAUCGCCACCAGGACCAGCAGAGUCACGACCAACCGCUACAAAAUGGCGUUAUGCCCACGGUAGCAGGUGUCCCUCCAUCUUCUGCUAUACACAGCUCUGCUACAGAGACAGAAUCCUCGGCUCCUGAUCGACCGGCCGUGGAAACUCUUGCACCGGUCUCCUCUGAAACAACCGAGCAGUCAGUCAACACUCAGGUUGUCGAAGUCAUCGAAACUCCUUCAACGGAUGCUCCCGUUGUGAAUGGAGAGCCGGACACGAUGGAAACCGAUACCGCUGUAAAUGGCGGUCAGGCUCCAGUGGAUGGCCAGAUUCAGCCCCAAAACGAAAACACACCCGUCAACGGUACCACCGAACAGCAAGAUCAGUCACAACCUCGAGAGAAUGAGGCACCAUCAGAGGACUCCUCGCCUUCUACCGCUUCUGACGGGUCGACAGACUCCAGUGAGUCAACCGAGCGAACGGGAGAAGACUACGACGAGGAGGACGAGAAUGAUGAGCCGGCCUACUGGGCCGAGUACAAGGAGGAUACCUCCGUGGCAGAGGGAGACGAGCUCAAGGAGAUCGAAAGCGGGGACGCCGAUCACAGUGCUCAUGAGUACGAUUACAUCGAAAAAUCAUUCUACCAUGAACUAGACGAUCCAGAGUACAAGCCGAUAGAGAAAGCCCGUAUAACGUGGAAGAUAACCGGAGUCCGGGGUACCAAGGAAAAGCCUAACAGAGCUACCAUCAUUCGGUCUCCACCAGCCUACAUCGGCGGAUACUAUUGGACCCUAAAGUUCUUCCCUCGUGGAAACAGUGUGGGAUCACUCAGUGUCUAUCUCGAGUGUUCCCCAACACCACCAGUGCAGGACAAGGUAGUCCUCGAGACUGAAUUCAAAGUCCUCAAGGGACCUCCCGAUGCGGUUUUGAGCGACCUGACCCCCGACCAAGAAUUUAAGCUGGCUGCCACUGUCGCUCCACCCAAGUCCACACAAUCCGAAGAAUCUUCCAGAAAGAGUCAAGAAAAGGACCGAGAAGAGCUUCCAGAGGCAGACAGCGAGGAAAAGACAGACAGUGAAUCGUCUCCCAAGCCGAAAUCGGACUUCCGUAUCUCGGCUCAAAUCGGAGUCGUCCUCUACAACCCAGACGAACCACGAACAGGCUGGACUCAAUCCUCCUGCCACCAAUUCAACUCCCACAACUUCGAUUGGGGUUGGACACACUUCCAUGGGCCCGGGCCGUGGAACACCAUCCACCUCCGCCAGCAUGGCCAGCGUCAAGCCCUCCUCCGCAACGAUACUCUAUGCUUUGAUGCAUACAUCCGCCUCUUCGAUGACCCCACAAAAUCUCUGUGGUGGCAUUCUAGCGACUCUGAACCUAUUUGGGACUCUUACUCCCUUGUUGGCCUCCGGCCUAUGGGCGAUGUGUCGGUGAACUACUGCCAGCACACAGCAGGCCUAGUGCCAUGGCUUCUCCUAACUCCAUUUAGAGAAAUGGUCAAGAGUAUCGAUGUUAUGAAGCAUAUCAAUCAUAUCGCCGCUCGCCCAAAGCCGGUGUGUGAGGCACUGCAGGUUAUCGUACAUGAGAUGACUGCAGAGAACAUUGCCUCUGUACGGACCGAAGGAGUACGAAGGGCGCUAAGAUACCUGCUCGAAGCCUCUGGAGAUGUAGUUGAAUUCUGGGAGCGCCUUCGACGAAGUCUCCAGAUCGAACUUGCCGGCACUGAUGCUAUUGAGAAGCUGGCCUCCAUCUUUGACAGCCCCCACGAUGACUCGAAGAUGUCAGACGAGUCAUUAAAUAUGCUUCCUCGUGAUUUCAACAGCCGCAUUCGUAUCACCUCCGAGAAUACUGAGAGCAUUCAGUCCGGUGUCACAGAAUACUUGAAGGCUCGGGAGGGUAAAUGGUCCCUCCCUCCUGUCCUCCAGAUCGAACUCUCCCGCCAGAAAUUCGAUAAGAAGGCUCGUCAGUGGAAAUUCCUUGUCAACCGUGUACACCGUAAUGAGGAACUUGAUCUCUCUAGCUUUGUCGACUCUGAGGUCCAGGGAAAAUACACAUUGUUCAGCUUCAUUGCUCACAAGGGCCAUCGGACAUCACGAUGGUAUUACCCACUCGUUCGGCCUGCUGGCAAAGGAACCCAUUGGCUCGCCUUCAAAGGUGAAGACCCUUACCGAAUCGAGUGUUUGACUGCCAAAGCUGCCACAGAAAAUUAUGAAGGCCUAGAUAUUGCAGAGGUUGGCAAUGGAGAGCCCGUCAACGCCGAGAUCGCAGUCGCAUUUAUCUACAUCCGCAAUGAUCUGCAGGACCAAUACUUGACUCCCAAGCUUGAGUCCUGGACCCCUUCGCCUGCAUGGCACCGUUAUAUGCAGGGUCUCUCCCCUGAUAGAUCAGCUGUUGAGCCAGAGCAGCAAAUUCUAGUUGUCUUCUAUGGCAUAAACGGCGUGUCGAAGGAUGCACGGAAUCCUGCGGCGGCAUAUGAUGUUAUUGACCAUCUAACCUCGGAAAAGGACACCAUAACAAUGACCGUUCCAGUUUCAAUGAAUAUCGGUGAAUUGAGAGCCAAGCUUGCGGUCCAACUCUCAACAGAUGAAAAGCCAGUUUCCAACGAAAGAAUACGUAUGUGGACUAUUGGGGCACCACAUGAGGUCCGUUUGUUCAAUUUUAGCAUGGAGCCUCUAGUUUCUAUGGGCUUUCAGCUUUCUAGCCUUGGUUGGAAUGCUUUGCGCAUAUGGGUUCAAAUCUUGAAUGAGGAAGAUGUGAAAUACUUCUCCAUCCCCGAGUUUGUUCCCCCACCACCUGUUCCCAAUGAAACAGAUGUGAAGGAGGAUUUGCCAGCUCCUCCAUCACCACCCCCCGUUGAAAACGAGGAGCAACCUCAGCCAGCUCAAGAGGUCCAACCGUCCAGCCAGGAUGAAGAUGUCGAAAUGAAUGAUGCUAGCCCUGAGGAAGCACCUACCCAACCUAAUCAGAACCAGGAUGAACCUGAACAGCAUUCAGAACAUGUCCCUAGUGCACCAGAACCGCCGGAACAUGAAAUGUCCGAUAAUGCGCCUGAGCAACCUGAGACUAAUGGCAUUGAACCCACCUCCGUCCCUGAAGCCCAGACCGAUGAGCAAGCUGCAAACGAAGCUAUCAUUGCCUCAAUAAUAGCACAAGACCUUGCACUCCUAGACCAGCCGCAGGAAAUGGACACAAGUGGCAGCUUUACAGAAGCCAACGGAAUUCCACCCCCUCCCCCUAUGAUCGACGAAGAAGCCGCAGGUUCCCCAAGAAAUGAAGUUGAAGAAAGCAGAGAAGUUCAGGAGCGUCACCCUGGCUCUGAAGACUCGCAGAUGGAAGGUUCUCCGAUUGUUGAAUCUCAAAACGAUGCCUCUGAAGAAACAAAUGCCCAAACAAGCCAAGAGGAGGUCCAGAGAGAGGAGCCCGUGGUUCUUGAGCCUCCGGUCACGAAAUCAGACCUUAUCUUGCCAUGCGACCAAGUGUACUAUUUCGUCCAGGAAUUCGAUGCUGACAAGCAGACUGUGGAAACCGUUGGUGCUUUCUUCGCGAGAUCAUCUUGCAACAUUCGCGAGCAGGUUCGAAAGACCCUAUCUCUCUCUGAAGAUCAGGGGUACAACUUCUGGUCCCGCCGUAAGGCCGUGGCUUCGGUUCACAGCGUGUCGUCAAGUCACAAGUUCAGAGAUCUGAUAAACGACGUUGGAUGUAUCAUUUUUGGAAAAACCAUCCCCAAACGCCGACAAACUGAACUUGUGGAGGAAGGCUGUUUCCUUUCUCCAGACCGUCUUCUGGAAUAUCUAUGGGCCGUUGAUCGCCAACACCCAACUAAAUCCUUCACAGGCAAAAAGACAAUAGAAGCCAUUCUAAAUGGUGAAUACUACUCUGGUGACCUCUGCAAAGGUUACUACCACGGCAACGGAACUCAUAUCUCCGAAGCCGGUGACACCUAUACCGGUGACUUCGUCCAAGGCCGUCGCCAGGGUACAGGUAUGAUCGAGCACAGCUCUGGUGACACGUACACCGGUGACUGGUUCGAAGACCAACCACACGGACAAGGGACGUGGGUCGAACACAAGACUGGCAACAAAUAUGUUGGCGGCUACCGUAACGGUAAACGCCACGGCAAGGGCGUCAGUUACUGGGAAGUAGCUGACGAGGAGAUGAACCUUUGCCAAAUCUGCUAUACCGAAGAACAGGACUCGCUGUUCUAUACCUGCGGACACGUGUGUGCCUGCGGAACAUGCGCGAGACAAGUCGAGAUUUGUCCCGUCUGCCGAGAGAAAGUCAUCAGCGUCGUGAAGAUUUUCAGAUGUUAA